AUGGUACCUCGCUUGAUUCUCAAAUGCCCUCCUCCGCCAUCGGCGGAAUCCGAAGAACGCAAGCCUUCCAAAGUGCUCAAAGUCACGUUGAAAGUUCCACCCAAGAGAACUUGCUUGCAGGUGGCUGUCAAGAAAGACGCAUCGAUCAACAGUGGACAAAUCUCCUCGAGAAUCAGCAAAAAAGAGUCCGCAAGCAGACGCAAAAGUCUCUUGAAGCGAUACCAGGAGCAGGCCCUUGACUCUUUCCAGAAUGACGCGCCGCUGUCUACCCACAAUAACAAACCGAUCCCCGUGAACGUUUUCAAUUAUCCCGAAGUGGUGAGCCGAUCUUCUUCCGAUCUCGCGAAGCUACAAGCAAGAAUUGAAGCCUAUAAUGCAGAGGAACAGGAGAUCUUGCCGUUGACAUCAUUUGAGUCUCGAGAUUUGCCGACAUGCUCGGACGGAAACGGAUUCUGCUACGAAGAGCAUUUUAUGCGUAGAAGCCAACAGAUCAACGUGAAAAAGGUUUUCCCUUUUCAGCUACGCGACGGCCGGGCCAUGGUUCUGAAGCGAAACGUGGACCAGCAGACUGACGACCUUCUGGAUUGUCUGGAGGGCGAUAUUAUGAGUCACUUGACCAAGCGCCAGCUCAUCGGUCUUCAACUCUGGGUGUGUGAGAGUCUGGAAAAUCGACUGACGAUCCAUGAGACAUAUUGCAUCUCAGUUGGCUCAAGCAGGAAUGCCUCGUCACGUUUGCAGUGCCCUCCUUUGGAUGGCCGCUCCGAAACCAUGGAGCCAUUAGUUCCCAAAAAUUUAAAAGAUAUGCUGACCAUGGUCGGAGAAGAUAUCAGUGGCAUGGUCCGUAGGUUGACAGUGAUGACCUCUCGACUGGGCAGCCCAUCAGAGAAUCGCAAACUUGUUCUCCACUGUUUCCUCGAGAAAUCGGUCCCUCGGCGCUGCAUUGAGUAUGGCCUCCACAGCUGGUCAGACCAACCCAUCUGCAAUUGGAAAUCUCAUGAUUGGAGACGGGAAACUCUGGACUGCGGCUUCGCUGAUACAGGAUUUUACACGGCUGGACUCAACUUCACCCGCUUCGUGCCACCAAGAUCCAAUUCUUCUACCGGUGAUGUACUUUCUUCCUUACUGAAAACUCGAGACAAAGAGACAGCUUGUCAGGAUGGGGUGAUUUGA